ACACACACGCACGCACGCCAUCUCACGCAGGGGGCUCUGACCACACACUCACACUCAGAAUGACACAGCUCUGAUCGGAGGGAGGUGAUCUCUGAAAUUGCUCAGUGAGCACCCCUAAUUUUCCUGAUUCACAACCUGCUGUUAAUCACACCCAAUGGAAUCCAAUCAGAAGGGAAGUGGGGACGGGCUGGCGGGGACUCAGAAAGAGGCCACUCUUCGGGCGCUCACCCAACGGACCGGAUACCAGCUGAGACAGGAGAACGGUCAGCGGCGGUACGGUGGCCCGCCGCCUGACUGGGACGGACCACCGCCUGAGAGAGGUAGUGAGAUAUUUGUGGGGAAACUCCCGAGAGAUCUGUUUGAGGAUGAACUGGUUCCGUUGUGUGAGAAGUUUGGUAAGAUCUACGAGGUGAGGAUGAUGAUGGACUUCAAUGGGAACAAUAGAGGUUAUGCCUUUGUCACCUUCACCAACAAACAGGAAGCCAGGACAGCCAUGAAGCAGCUUAACAACUACGAGAUCAGGAACGGUCGCCUGCUCGGUGUCUGUGCCAGCGUGGACAACUGCCGUCUGUUUGUCGGGGGCAUUCCUAAAACCAAGAAGCAUGACGAGAUCCUAGUGGAGAUGCGAAAGGUCACGGACGGCGUUGUGGACGUCAUCGUGUACCCCAGCGCUGCAGACAAAUCCAAGAACCGAGGAUUCGCCUUUGUUGAGUACGAGAGCCACCGGGCAGCUGCCAUGGCCAGACGCAAACUCCUGCCAGGUCGGAUCCAGUUGUGGGGUCAUCCCAUCGCGGUGGACUGGGCGGAGCCUGAGGUGGAGGUUGAUGAGGAUACCAUGGCAACCGUAAAGAUUCUGUAUGUGAGGAAUCUGAUGUUGCAGACCACUGAAGAAACCAUCGAGAGGGAGUUUAACAGCCUGAAACCAGGUGCAGUGGAACGAGUGAAGAAGAUCAGAGACUACGCCUUCGUACAUUUUAGUCAGCGAGAGGACGCCGUCAACGCCAUGAACGCGCUCAACGGGAAGGUGGUGGACGGCUCUCCUAUCGAGGUGACUCUGGCCAAGCCGGUGGACAAGGACAGCUAUGUCCGGUACACCAGAGGAACUGGAGGAAGAGGAGGCUCAGUUCUUCAGACCGACUACACGGCCUACACUCUGGGACAGGUGUACGAUCCCACUACGGCGUACCUUGGUGCCCCCGUGUUUUAUGCCCCCCAGGCCUACGCCGCCAUUCCGGGUCAGUUCCGUUUCCCAGCAGCCAAAGCUCACGUGGGAGGUAGAGGUCUGAUCAGGACGCCGUCGGUCAGAGAAAUUUACAUGACUGUACCUGUAGGGGCGGCGGGGGUACGAGGGCUGGGUGGGCGGGGCUACUUGGCCUACGCAGCCAUGGGACGAGGAGGUGGAAAUAGCGCCUCCUACGGCCUGAAGGGGGACAAGCAGGCCGAAGAAAAGCUGUAUGACCUGCUGCCGGGGAUGGAGCUGACACCGAUGAACCCGGCUGCCAUGAGCCUCAAGGGCACCGGCAUCAAACCACCGACUCAGGUCCUGGAAGAGCUGUGUCAGAAGAACAACUGGGGUCAGCCCGUCUAUCAGCUCCACUCGGCCAUCAGUCCGGACCAGCGGCAGCUGUUUCUCUACAAGAUCACCAUCCCAGCUCUGGCCACACAGUACCCCAACGUGCACCCCUUCACCCCAGCAAAACUGUGCGCAUCUGUGGAAGAAGCGAAGGUCCACGCGGCUGAACACACCCUGCAGACGCUCGGCCUGCAGACAGAGGGCGCUGCUGACGCCGGCUGUGCUACUGCAGCUGCCGUGGCCUCGGUAGCCUUCCCAGGCUACGCUCUGGCGAGCCCGGGGUCAUCGGGCGUGGCCUCCCAGCUGAAGCAGGCCGUUUCUCUGGGUCAGGACCUAACCGCCUACGCCACGUACGAGGGCUACCCCGCGUUCGCCGUGGCGGCUCGCCACACUGACGGAUACGGCGUUUUCUAAAGCUGCUGUGUCCGGGUGCUGAGUUAAACCGUGGAGCUGCGUUUGCGCCACACUGCUUCGCUCACCCGCAAAGGUCGAUUCAGUUUGGAAAACCCCAAAACACUGUGACCUGACAAGAAGUCCAAUCUGAUUGCGUCUUUCCUAAAAAACCAAAAGCGAACUGGUGUGAAUGCGGCAUUCUGUUGUUAUCAAACAGGGAGAUUUAAACUUCUUUUAGUUGAAAACCGGUUCAGUCUCAUCCCAGAUCGCUAGCUGCUGCUGAAAACCUGAUCAGACUCGUCAGUCGCCUCGAAGCAAACUCUUCGUCUGUCACCUGUUUCUGCUCCUCGUUUAAUCCGAAUUAUCUGCUCAUCCACGGUUUGGUUUGUGAUGCUGAAAACUGCCUCUGAUUGGCUGAUUCGCGUUUUCUGGUUAGGUGUGUACAGUGCGGCUUAUCUCUAACGAAGGUACUUUCUGAGUGUCUUCUACUGGUGAUUGCAAUGGCUUUUGGGUUGUUGACUUUAGCUUUUUCUUCAGACCUUUAAAUCUGAUUCAAUUCUAUACUUUUAAGCCAAAUAAAAUAAAUUAAAUAGGGCACUAAACUCUUCUUUUUAACAUCUGUAAUUAGCGGUGCUUACUCUUAUUUUUCAUUUCCGUAAAACUCACAGCGAAGUCCUGAUUUUAAAUUGAAGUCAUCUUUUUUUCUGUUCAGCUUUUAGAAAAAGUUCUCAAGCCAAGACAUUAGAGUUAGGAAGCUCUACCUGCUGUGCCGAUGAUGAUCAUCAUGAUGAUGACUGUAUCUCAUUGGAGGUGCUUUCUAGCGCAGACACGUUUCCAGAAAUUCUGAUUUAACUAAAAUUAGAAUCUUUCUAAUAUUUUUUUUAAUACAAUGUUUAUUUUGUUGCAUACCUUUUUUUUUUGACUCCGUCCAACACAACCAAGCACCCACAGGAUGUAAAUGAUAUCUGUCACUGUAGGUGCUGCCAUGGUUACAGGCCCGGCAUAUCCAUGGCAACCUCUUGUGCAGAGGGAGGAGCUUUGGGCUAAGAGCUGAAGUAACAUAAAAAGAGUAUUAGACAGAGAUUAACAAUUGUAUUUAUUUAAAAAAAACCUACACACAGUAAAUCUGCCCUGUUUUGUACAAGUUUGUUGGAGCUUUUUGAAAGCAGACCUUUCAUUUGUGUUGUCUUCUGUUCAGCAGGUUUGUUUCCGCCAAGUGUAAAAACGCUCAGGCGCCUUAUUCGGAUUAAAUAUGUUUCAUUUCUGAUUUUUUUUUUUUUUUCAGCGUUCGUAUUUUCACACUGAGCGUUUUCUUUUCCUUCCGUUAGUCUGUUGCAUUAGGAUCCUUAAAAUCCAGGAGUUGGCUGUCAUUCACAUCCACAGCGUUUUCAUGAUAGGUUAGAAGUUAAAAAAUAAAAUAAAAUAGAAAGAUGGAUGAUGUGGUGUUGGAUCUAAACAAUGCUCCAGGGUAUCUUGUUUUUGUUGUUGUUGUUUUUUUUCUUUUGGGUAAAAGCAGCUGCUGAUAGUAGCAGUUUUAACUUUUACUCCUUCUACUCGACUGAAGGUUUUGCGGAGAUCUCGGAUCAGAUGACACGAGUCGGCGUCAGAGCUGUGAACAUGCCGAAGCAGAGACAGUAUUAAAGUGUGUGAAGCACUUAGAACUUAUUUUUGUACGUGGAAUCAGAUGAACUAUCCAGACGUAUUUGUACAGAGGUAUUUUUAACUUGUCUUUGCUGCCGUAAUUGACUGGGGAAGAAAAACCAGGCGAUGCUGAAUCGGAACCCAAUCUGUGAUGAGAGAAGAAAAUUGUGGGCAUUCUAAGAAACCGUUGUGAAAUAUUAUCUUUUAUUAUUUCUAAUCUGAAUGGAUGAAAUAAAGAAUUAACAUAUA